GUCGUGCCAAGUCAACCAAGUCAGUUACGGUACUCAGACAUAUGAUUAUUGAAGGUCUCCAAGUUAAGACUUGCGAGGAACGCAUCGGCCGAUUAUCGCAAUUCUGCCAGACGUCGUCUACAACUCACGCAAAAAAAUUCGAAUCAGAAGGGCUACUACAGCCUACAUGCAGGCCAGGCCAAGCUCAGGCGCAGGAGAAUCUGGUCUGAAGUCGAAUAAGUAUUUCAGGGAGAGUGGGCGUCCAUCGCUGCACGUUCCGUUGCAUCAUAUCUGCCCAGAUCCCAUAUCGUUCACCCUCAGCCUUAGAGACCACUGUCCUCUUCACCACAUCCUGAGUUUCUUUUGGGACGAAUGGCGUGUGAGCAUGCGCGUAUGUACUCAGGGCUCUCAGAAACACCUGCCGAGACUCGGAUCCCUGGGACCCGAGCAUACAUACUUCUUUCCGCACCCCCAAACCACAGAAUCAGUAUGUUUGGCAGCAAUGGAGCCUAUUCACUUCCUCCGGAUCGUACUCCGGAACCUGGACAAAGACCUGAACGGCUCUUUUGAGGGUUGUUUCUACGUGUACAUUUGGGACUUCAAUAAAGGAAACUUUGCUCGUUUGGAAAAUAUUGACGACACAGAUCCUCUCGUAUGCAUGCCUUGUCGGUAAGUUUAGUCAUCCUUUGAUAGCGACUAUGGACAU